GGCGUUCGACGGAAUGCGUAAGGGAGACGCUGCCGCGCGCUCCAGCCCCAUGUGGGCCUCCUCCUCCCCCUCCCCUCCCGCCGGCCCUGCGCGUGGGGGUGAGGGUUGAAGUCGACGCGACAGCGACGCAUGCGGGCGGUGGGCGAGUCGCGAAUGGGAGUGGGAGGGAGAUGUUACCUCAGCUCGUUUUUCUUUUUUCGCUUGGACUUGGCCUCUUGCCGCAAUUCCGCUUCACGUCCAUGUCACGCUUUGUUUCUUCUUCCAUCGUUUCUCCCCGUUUCGUCUCCCUUCUUUUCUGUCGCCUUCCCUGUUCUCUCCGGCCGGCCUUUCUGGUGCAAGAAAACCAAGAUUCUGAGAGAGCAGGAGAGGGGAUCUUUGCUGAGUUGGUGAGUCUUGGGAACGUUCUUUCUGCUCGGCUUCUUUUCUUUUGGUGCGGGAGUUGGGAGGCAUGAGGUGGGGUUGCCCUCAGUGAGCUCUGCGCGGUCCCUGCGGUUCUUUGAUGUGGAUUUUGUCCUCGUUGGACUGAGCUCAAGGAUCUAAGCGUAAUAGUUCGGUUGUCGGUGAUUGCCUACUUCAUGACAAUUAGUACUGAUGUUCUCUGAAUUCAAGAUCCUCUCUACCUUUUCAAAACGUCCUGAGAUGAGGCAUAUCAUGAUGGCACCGUGAUGUGGACUGGUUUUCCAGCGAUUGCUGCAUCUGCAUCUUUGUUGUUCAAGGGGAAAAUAAACAGCAAACAUAGUCGUGUAGGAGACUAGACACAUGGUGUGGUGAUCAGUCGCUGGUCUCUUCUUUGUUGCGUAUAUAACAUCGGAGAUAUCAUUUCAAUGUCCAUCUUUGUUUGGCUGAAUUCAAGGACGCUAGAGCAUAUCUGACCUUCUCCAAAAGUGUCAAAGGUGGCGUGGAGGAGGCUUGUGUCAUGGGGGCAAGGGGAGGAGUAGGCAGUGGAGACCUGAUAAGUGAAGGAGAGAGUCAACACCAUUAGGGUAUGGUGGCUGGUGGGCAUGUGGAAGGGAAUAGAGUAAUUGGGGAGAGGCAAACCCUAAGGAAAGAGAUAAAAGAGAUAUAUUCAGGGAAUGAAGGUUUUAGAACCUUAAAAAUUCUCCUUUCUCCUUCUAUUGUAGAAGGGUCAAAUAUGGGUUGGUUGAGCAAAAUUUUUAAAGGUUCUGUAAAUAGAGUUUCAAGAGGACAUUACAAUGGGAACUCCCAUGAAGGCUAUUCAACUCAGCACACUAAGUCAUAUGGUGCACAUGACAAUGAAGAUGAAGACAUGGAUCAUGCUAUUGCAUUAUCCUUGUCAGAGGAAGAUCAAAGGAAGGGAAAGGCCAUUGAUACUGAUCAUCAGUCGGACGAAGAUGAACAUCUUGCACGGGCUCUGCAAGAAAAUACUGAUCAUCAGUUAGAUGAAGAUGAACAGCUUGCAAGGGCUCUGCAAGAAAGUAUGAAUGAUGGACCUCCUCCUCGUCGGACUAUUCCAAUUGAAGAUGUUCACUCAGAAAGUGCUCCAGCAAGUAGCUUGCCCCCAUAUAUCUUCCCCUCAAGUGGAUUAAGGAUUUGUGCUGGAUGCAAAACUCCAAUUGGUCAUGGUCGGUUUCUCAGUUGUAUGGACUCUGUUUGGCACCCUCAGUGCUUCAGGUGUUAUUCUUGCGAUAGACCAAUAUCGGAGUAUGAGUUUGCUGUGCAUGAAGAUCAUGCGUACCACAGGUCCUGCUACAAGGAGCUUUUCCAUCCUAAAUGUGAUGUUUGCAAGAACUUUAUUCCGACAAAUAAAAAUGGCUUCAUUGAAUACCGGGCCCAUCCUUUCUGGAUGCAGAAGUAUUGUCCUUCCCAUGAAAAUGAUGAUACGCCUAGGUGCUGCAGUUGUGAACGAAUGGAGCCAAAGGACAGUCAGUACAUCACAUUAGAUGAUGGCCGGAGACUCUGCUUGGAGUGUCUGCAUACUGCAAUUAUGGAUACCAAUGAAUGCCAACCACUAUACAUUGAUAUUCAGGAAUUCUAUGAGGGCUUGAACAUGAAAGUAGACCAACAAAUUCCCUUACUUUUGGUUGAGCGACAAGCUUUAAAUGAAGCCAUGGAAGCAGAGAAAAAUGGACACCACCUUUCUGAAACCAGAGGUCUCUGCCUAUCUGAAGAGCAGAUUGUCAGAACUAUAUUAAGAAGACCAAUAAUUGGUCCAGGAAACAGGAUCAUAGAUAUGAUUACAGGACCAUACAAACUUGUUCGAUCGUGUGAAGUGACUGCAAUUCUUAUACUAUAUGGGUUGCCAAGACUGCUAACUGGCUCAAUUCUGGCUCAUGAGAUGAUGCAUGCUUACCUCCGACUUAAAGGAUACCGAACCCUGAGUCCAGAAGUUGAAGAAGGCAUCUGUCAGGUUCUAGCUCAUCUGUGGCUUGAGUCAGAAAUCACAUCAGGUUCUGGUAGCAACGUCGCAACCAGCUCAGCUGCACCAUCAUCAUCUUCAAUGCCCCCCUCAUCCAAAAAGGGUGCAAAGACUGACUUCGAAAAGAAACUAGGAGAGUUCUUCAAGUACCAGAUUGAAACAGAUUCUUCUGUGGCUUAUGGAGAUGGUUUUCGAGCAGGCAUUCGAGCUGUUGAACGGUACGGUUUGAGAAGUACGCUUCGUCAUAUUGGUCUGACUGGGUCUUUUCCAUGAUGAAGCGGUUUUUCCCCUCAAAUUGUGAGGAUGGGUAUAAAUUCUGAGGACUUUUGGUUUAAGUUAGACAUACCAAAGGGUAUAUAUUGUUUACAGUAAACAAAGUAUAGAAGAGAAGAGAAGUACGGAUUUAGUUAUACCGUCAGUUGCAGAAAUAUUAUGUUUUUCUUUACAAUUAUACUCACACAAUUGGCACAUGAAGUUAAGUGGUCUUUAGCCUGUAAAGAAGAGAAGAGGACAUGUAAGGAUUUGUGUUUGGAUGCUCUUUCCAAUUCUUGCCUUUCUUUG